AUGAACUCAGAAGCACAAAAACCACCGGAUCUUCCGCUAAAAGAGGCCGAAAAGAAACAGAAAGAAGAACAAAAAAAGAUUGACAGUGCUGUGCCUCUUACCGAAGAAGAGCAAAACGAAAAGACGCAGCUGCUCACGCAAGGGCAAAGUACCUGGAGCCGUCGAGAAUUUCAACAGUUUAUCAAAGCCAAUGAGAAGUACGGUCGGCAUGAUUUGGAAAAUAUUGCUAAGGAAAUUGACAGCAAAACCCCAGUUGAGGUUGAACAGUAUGCCAAAUUAUUUUGGGAACGCCUUGACGAACUUGCCGAUCACGAGAGAAUUUUGGCCACUAUUGAAAAGGUCAGUUCAUCGUUGGGUUUUAAAUUGCGUUAACG